UGGCUGUUGCAUUCACACCCCAGACAGGCUCUCAUUUACCCUAAACGCUCCCGUCCGUGCCGGAAAGGGGACGUUGAUUCCCAUCAGGGUUAAAGCUCUGCAGCUGCGUGCCUGCCUGUGUGUCCGUAGGAGCAGGUGGAUGCUGCCCUGCCCCUGAGCAGCGCACGGGGAGGAGAUUCCCUCCGGCGGCAGGAGAGGCCGGCCCUGGGGGGGACAUGGAAAGGUGCCUGGAAAGCUCUGCCAGUGCCAGAGCCGAGGCAGGAGCUGCCACAGAAAGUGAAAGAUGAAGCCUCUUGUUUUCUUGGUUCUUGUGAUCUGUACUGUAGUCAGCAUGAAUUUGAAGCUCGUGUCAAAGAGAAAUUCUGUUGAUGGUUGCAUUGACUGGUCAGUGGAUCUCAAGACAUACAUGGCUUUGGCAGGUGAACCAGUCCGAGUGAAAUGUGCCCUUUUCUACAGCUAUAUCAGAACUAAUUAUAGCAUGGCCCAAAGCACAGGUCUUAGGCUUAUGUGGUACAAAAACAAAGGAGAUUUAGAAGAACCCAUUAUAUUUUCUGAAGUUAGAAUGAGCAAGGAUGAAGAUUCCAUAUGGUUUCACUCGGUUGAGCUGCAAGACAGUGGUUUCUACACAUGUGUUCUGAGAAACUCAACGUAUUGCAUGAAGGUCUCCAUGUCCUUGACGGUAGCUGAGAAUGAAUCUGGGCUUUGCUACAACAGCAAGAUCAGAUACCUGGAAAAAUCAGAAGUCACUAAAAGAAAGACAAUCUCCUGUCCUGAUAUUGAGGAUUACAAAACAGCCAAUCAAGAGCCAGAUGUGGUGUGGUAUAAGGAAUGUGAGCCAAAAAUGUGGAGAAGUGUUGUAAUUCAGAAGGGAAAUACUCUCUUAAUUCAAGAGGUCCAGGAAGAAGAUGGAGGAAAUUAUACCUGUGAACUAAAGUUUGAAGGCAAGCUUAUACGAAGGACGGUUGAAUUGAAGGUUACUGCUUUACUCACAGACAAACCUCCAAAGCCAUUGUUCCCCAUGGAGAACCAGCCAACUGUUAUAGAUGUCCAGCUGGGAAAUCCACUGACUGUGGCCUGCAAGGCUUUCUUUGGAUUCAGUGGAGAAUCAGGCCCCAUGAUCUACUGGAUGAAAGGGGAAAAAUUCAUAGAAGAAUUGGAAGGUCACAUUAGAGAAGGCGAAGUCAGACUCCUCAGAGAACAUCUUGGAGAAAAAGAAGUUGAGUUGACAUUGAUCUUUGAUGCUGUAGAGGAGGCAGACCUGGCUAACUACACAUGUCACGUGGAGAACAGAAAUGGACGGAGACACGCCAGCGUUCUUCUGCGCAAAAAAGAUUUGAUCUACAAAAUAGAACUUGCUGGAGGACUGGGAGCCAUCCUUCUUCUGCUUAUUUUGCUCGUGACCAUCUAUAAGUGCUACAACAUAGAGUUAAUGCUGUUCUACAGACAGAACUUUGGAGGAGAUGAAGCAGCUGAUGACAACAAAGAAUAUGAUGCUUAUCUUUCAUACACCAAAGUGGAUCCUGAUGCGUUAGAUCGUGAUAAUAAUGAAGAGGAGCAGUUUGCACUUGAAAUUCUGCCAGAUGUUCUAGAAAAGCACUAUGGAUAUAAACUCUUCAUUCCAGAUAGGGACCUGAUCCCUAGUGGAACCUACAUUGAAGAUCUCACAAGAUGUGUUGAGCAAAGCAGAAGACUCAUUAUCGUGUUAACUCCAGACUAUGUUCUCAGGAGAGGAUGGAGUAUUUUUGAGAUGGAAAACAGACUCCAUAACAUGCUAGUCAGUGGAGAAAUCAAAGUUAUUUUGAUUGAGUGUACUGAAUUAAAAGGGAAGGUGAAUUAUCACGAAGUGGAAUCAUUAAAGCACACCAUCAAACUUCUCUCAGUGGUCAAGUGGAAAGGACCAAAAAGCAGCAAACUGAACUCUAAGUUUUGGAAGCGCCUAGUCUUUGAAAUGCCAGGGAAGAAAAAGGAGGUGGUGUCUCGGCAUCAGGUGCUGGAUUCUGCAGAGCAGGGCCUCUUUGGAGACCUGCAGACUGUGCCCUCCCUCGCCGUCACGGGCACCUCUGCCACGCUGGUGGAGUCGCGCGCGGGCCUGGGCGGUUUCCAGCCGGCAGACUCCGCGCACAGCCGGCACUUCUGCCGCGGCUACGAGUGCGACGUGUCGGCGGCCACGCUGCCCCUGGCCUCCAUCAGCAACCACCACACGUACUGUAACAUCCCCCUGGCGCUCCUCAACGGACAGCUACCUCUCAACAACGCCGUCAAGGACCCCCAGGAGUUCCACAGGAACAGCCCCUUGCUACCUUUGUCGGCCAAGGAGCUCAGCUUCACCAGUGAUAUCUGGUAGAACGUCAGGGCUCUUUGGAGAUGCUUCAUGGCCACCAUGAAGAGACGCCUGUAAAGAACUUUGCCCUACCCGCACGGGGUGAGAAAACCUAUUCAAAGCAGCAGCACACUUGUUUGCUUUUCUACUUGAACUGUUUUGUUUACAUUUACAAAUUAUUGACAAAGGGGGCAUUCUUUUGUAACUCAGUAAUGUCCUUCCUGUCUUUUAAUGUACAGUUUUAUUGCUUCUUUAAAAAGGAGGGGGGAGAGAAAAACGCAUCCCGUCACUUCACAGUAGGUUUACAAUCUGGGACGGAGAAAAGGUCACUGUGUAUGAUCUCCAACAUCCAUACAUAUUUAGGUAACAGUAUUUGGAAUACACAGAAGUUGUUGGGUUUUUCAUAUAGACUACAGUACAGUUUGAAAUUCUAAUCAUGCUACAAAAAUUAGUAUCUCCUGCACAGACCACAAGGGGUGAAUCAUCUUGAAAAGGAAGGAGAAGGAAACCUUCCUGAUAACAUUGUCUUGCAAAUACUUCUUAGAAGAUGCCCAGCUGAAGCAAUGCAGACAAAGCUUUAUCAAUAAAGUGCAUAGUAACAGUUACAAAAUAAAUCACCUGCUCCCAUCAGCAUCUCUUCAUUUUAUUAUUGAGGUAUGUUCUAUUCCUAGUCAAUGGUUAGCAAUGUGGUUUUAUUAAACAACUUACUAGAAUACU